UUUGGUGGGUGAGGGGGUUUAUUACCCACCAGUGGGGGGGUGAGGGGACAGAGCCCCCUCCGUGACUGGCGGUGCGGUUCCAGAGAGUUCUCCCCACUAGGAGUCACGAUAAACAGACUGACAGUGCAUGGCGAGUUGAUCAGUUGCAAGUGAUACGUGCCCAACACAGGUGUCUGUCUCCUCAUUGCAGCAAGCUUUCCCGUCUUGCAAGGACACAACUAUUGUUUUCGGAUUUUUUACUCAUCUACUGAAUUUGUAUAAGAAUGGGUGGUUUCCAGCAACGACCAUGGACUCCAACCAAGAGGAGAGGUCCCAUAGCUGCUGAAUACUCCAGUCCUGGACCAGCUUGCGUUACCCUUCCCACACUAGUUGGAACGAUCUCCACUGAUUCAAAAAGAGGCAGAGCUCCAGCCUUCAGUUUUGGAAGCAGACAUGGAGGUAAAUUAGACACAGCGGGACCUGGACCCGGCCAAUACAAUGUUACUGGACUGAGUGCUAAAGGAAAGGACACCCCUCCAGCCGCCACCCUGCACUCCAGACCGAAGGAGUCCAAGUCUGAGACGACACCGGCUCCCGGUGACUACAAUCCUGAAAAGUCUGAGAAAAUCGUUCACGACAAUUCGCCAAAGUAUACUUUCGGACUGAAAACAACCGUCGAGAAGACUAGUAGCACUCCUGCCCCCAACGUGUACAACAUCCCUGCAGCCCUUGGCAACACAAAGGAGGGCAACAAGCGGGCCGCACCCGCGUUCAGCAUCUCAGGCCGGCAGAAGGAGUUCAUAGAUGACCGCGUCAACACCCCGGGGCCGGGUGCUUACAACAGCAUCAGUGCCGACAGCAUCAAGGCCAAGUCACCCGCCUACUCGGUCAGCUCACGCUACACUGUGCCAUCCGACCACUCCACCAAGCCGGGGCCCGGUGCUUAUUCGCCUGAGAAGUAUUGGUAACCUGAUCAUGUGAAUAAAGCAGUUCACUCUGUACAAUUUGUCCAGAUUGACAUCCCCCAGGCUCACACAUUUGGAAUCAGACAUUCGGAUUUUCGCGCUAAUAUGAGCAGAUACGUCUACUGAACUGAUCAAGUAGUCAGCAAAUAGCUUGGCAGCAGUCAAGUUCAGAUGUAGCGCAUCCACCCACUCCCUGCACGCUGCCAAGUUAUAUGAAUCGUACUGUCUAUCUCAACUGUAAAUCAUUCAACGAAUUUGAAAAUUGAGAUCUUCCAUCUGUCAUUCUAAAUUUUAUAUUGUUGCUUUUUAUACUAAAUUUGGCCGAUAUAGCCUACUGUCCUGUCACAGGACAGGACUCUUGUGUAGCACUGUUCAAAUUUGUUCACAAAAGUAACCCUAAAUACUGAUUAAUAAAUUUGCACUGUAAGAAAUUGACUAUGUAGGAAAGGUGAAUAUGGAAAGAAUACAUUGUAAUAGAAGAAAAAUUUCACAAAUUUUACAAAUAAGAGAUUGAGUAGCCCUGAAUACAUACAUACGUUUUCAGAAAUUAUGCAAGUAUAAAAUUUACAAAUUAACUUACUGUUUAUUAUUCUGCAAAAAAUUAAGAUAUUAUUGAAGUUAUCAAUUAUCUAUCGCUUGACUCUCAUUAUUUUGAAUUUACAAAUCAAUUAUUAUUCUUAGACAUUUUAGAAUACUAUCAACUGUGCCUUCUGUCUAGAGAGUUUGUAAUUUGUUCAUUAACUUAUAUGCUGAAAUGAUUCAUCAAUAUCAUUCCUAAAGUUUCAUUCACUACCUUGAGGCUGUAGGUCAAUGUUCCAUAAAUUGUUUGGAUAAUUCCAUAUAUUUGAACUUGAUUUCUUGCAAUUAAAAACGGUUUGUUAGGCUACACGUGUUUUAGUUUUAAUUAAACUCCAUUCAAAAUUAUAAAUGUUCAUUCUGAAUAUUAAUUUGGAAAGUAAAUUUAUAAAUUUUGUUGAAAUUCAUUGUUAUCAUAUGUUUGAAAAAUUUAAUUACGUUAUUUAUUGAAUAUUGUAAGUGUUUUAUUGUAUUUUAAGUGUUGAAUUCUCAUUUGGAAUGUUGUAUGUCGUAUCUGUUAAUAUUACUGAUUUCUAUGACUUAUAGUAUAUCCUAAAUUUCGAUUUCAAUUUGAUGAAUUUCAUUCUAAUAUUAUUGUUCAAUGGUUCCUUAGUAUAAGUUGACUAACAAUAAUGCUUCAAUCGUAAACAUCUUCAAUUGAUUGAUUUACGUCAAUAUAAGUCUUUCAAAUCUCUAUGACUGGCUUGCUAGGAACUCUACUUCAUUUAUUUUAUUUUAUUGAAGUAUUUUAGCACAUGCUUUUACUAACUCAUAUGUGUAAGAAAAUUGCAAGAAAUCUACUUAGUAAGUUAACUGAUGCCGAUUGUAACUGUUAAAUUUUUAAAUAAAGCUUUUUAAAUAUGU